AUGUUUGGCAGUAUGCAGAGAGGUGAGCAAGAAACACCGCCAAUUGAGCAAGACCGGCGAGAGUUGGAGCAGCAAUCGACAAUGAGCACCGGAAUGUCGUGGGAAAUUCGCGUCCAAUGUUUCAUUGGGCUCUUCGUUUUAUCUGUAAUCGCCUCCCUAUGCGGUUCGUUCCUUCUCGUCCGCACCAAAAUCACCGGAUUCUGCAUAAUGACCUCAUUCAGCGCAAUUCUAUCAUUGUCAAGCACCUGCUUCCUAAUGGGACCCAUUGGGCAGAUCAAGAAAAUGUUUGACAAGAGUCGAUGGAUCGCUUCAACCAUUUAUCUACUUAUGAUCGCCUCAACACUGAUCUCCGGCUUGUAUCUUAACAAUUCCGCACUCGCCAUUACCUGCACAAUCGGCCAAUACAUCGCAAUGGCGUGGUAUUCCUUGUCCUACAUCCCAUAUGCCAGGGAGGCUCUCGCACGGGUAUUCUGCUAG